CAAUGAAACAAUUUAUAUUAACUUUAUCAAUUAUUGUAUGAGGUUAUACCGUUUGAAUGAUUGUCAAAAGAUAAAUGACGAAUCUUUUUCUUUCUUGGUUAUACCGGAAUACGUGUCAAUUAACGUUCAUACAUUUUCUUGAAACAUAAGAAGGUGAAAUAAUGUAUUUAUCGAAAAGAUAAAAGUGUUUUUUUUUUGUUUUAUCAAAAGCAUAGAAACAUAAUAAAGUUAAGCAAUCAAAAAUUAAUUUGUGCGUGGUGUCAUCUUAAAACAUCAUAUCAACAUAUGGACCUUUAAAAUAGGUAUAAAAAUAAUGUCUAUAUGUUUGCAAUCUUUAUGGAUACGCUUACACAUUGUAUUUAUAGAGAAUAAAUUUAGAUAAUGGGGUUAGGUAGUUUUCGAUGGAAACUAUUGCUGAUUGUUAUUCUAAUUAUAUUUCUAUGGCAAUCUUCAAAAAUAUGGUUAUCGUUUGCACAAGAUCAUGUUACAGAAGAAUUUUCGGGAAGCGAAGUAAGGAUAAUAGAGAAGGAAGUUAAUGCAAAAGAAAUAGUUCAUAUAACUGUAUAUUAUGAGACGCUGUGUCCUGAUUCACGAAGUUUUUUUGUAUAUCAUUUAUUGCCAACUUAUGUGAAACUAAAGGAAAAUGUACAGGUCACAUUGAUACCAUAUGGAAAAGCUACGACAACACAAAAGGAUCAUACUUAUGAAUUUAAAUGUCAACAUGGACCAAUUGAAUGCCAAGGAAAUAUAAUACAUGCAUGCGCCAUUGAUCUUAUAAAAGAUCAAUCACUUCUAUUGAAUUACUUAUCUUGCAUGAUUAAAAAUAAUAUAGAUCCAGAAAAUAUCAUGGAAAUUUGUGCACAGAAAAUGAAUGUGGAUUCUAAUGUUAUUUCCAAAUGUUAUUCCGGAGCAAAAGGAAAAGAACUUUUGGCUAAAUACGGAGAAUUGACAAGUGCUCUUAAGCCACGAAUUUCUUUUAUACCUACAAUCUCUCUUAAUGAUAGCGUUAAGGACCAGGCUAAAAUCUUGAAAAACUUAUUACAAGAAGUAUGUUCACUGUUUAAAAUCAAACCUGAAGGUUGUCUAUGAUCAAAGUAUAUUAUAUGUUAAAUGAUGUUUUUAAUCAAUGAGCUUCUUCAUUUGAAUCUAAUGAAUUGAAAAUACCUUUAUGAAAUAUAUUUUUGAAAACACUUAUCCAUAUGUUUUUCUUUACUUUUUACAAAACGUGUUUAGAACAUAGAUAAAUUAAUUUUUAUAUUGAAUUUUUUUUACCACAUCUCUGUUUUUCUUAUAAUGUUCUUUCAUAUGAUUGUGAGAUUUCAACUUACAUAAAGCAGGAAUACAGACAUAUGCACAUUUUUAUACAUUGGAACAAUUUAUUAACUCAACAUUAACAUUUUAUACAAACUGUGCUGCUUCCUUAUGUACGAUAAGAAGUGUUAAGAAACAUCCAUGAUUAAUUUUUACUAUCUGAAAGAUUAAACGCUGAUUGCAACCAUUUUUGACAUGAUGCAUUGAAAAUAGGUAAGUACUUCUGCCAUAUUGUUUAUAUAAUAAUCACUAAUCAAUGUAAAAGGCAAGCAAUUCUAAUCUUACAAUUAAAUUAAUAUCCUCAGAUCUAAGAUCAGGAAUAACAUAAUAAUCGAAUAACAAAAAAUUUUCAAUAAUAAAUUAAUCAAAUGUCUAUAUAUUUGGUAACAGAAAAAAAAAAAAAUAAAACGUUUAUUUCAGAGAAAUCUCUUAAAAAGUAAAAACAAUCACUGAUUCUUAAUGGAACGAUUAAAUCGUUAAAACAGCAUUAAUAACAUACAAAUGAUAAUCCUAUAACAACUGAAGCAUUUUCUUCGAAUGAAAGUGAAAACGUAAAUUGCAAAGGUUGUCGCAAUUAAUGAAAACAUUUCCUUGGUUAAAUGAUAAAUCAGAAAAUGAAAGCAUGAUCAAAGAGAGGAACUUAAAAAUACGAAUCGUAUCAAGCAACGCACGAUUUCUAUAUAUAUAUAUAUAUUUUUUUUUUCUUUUUAGGAUGAAAUUGAAAAAUGAAUUUUAUAAAGUGAAAAUAUAUCGACAUAUAUCGCUUAGACUAAUUUUACCGAGAGACAAGUUUAUGUUCACAAAUGACAUCACACGUAUGAAGCAAUUACCAAUUGCGUAAAUGCAUAUUCAUCAUCAAUGUCCUGCGCUGCGAUCUAUAAUAUCUAAUUCACGAGGAGGAAGAUUUUACAAGCGAGAGAUUUUAUUUAAUUACACGCAGAUAUGUAUGUAAAAUACGUUUUGUCACGAAUAACGAAACGCGUUAUUUUUUAGCAAAGGAAUCUGAGUGCCAUUCAUGAAAUGCUAAAAAAGAUGAGAAGAGAGCUGAAAUGAGAGGUCUAUUGGUAAUUAAAAAAGGACAAGUAAUAAAUAUUUGUGACCUAAAAAUGAGGAUACAUUUAUUUUGUCUUUUUAUAAUCAAUGCAAUCUAGGUCACCAGAAAUACAAGUAGUAGUUCACCCUUUUUUUUCUUAUUCUGUUUUUCACUUCAAUAUUAAAUAAUAAUAAUAAAGGACUGUGGAGGAAUUGUUUCUUUUUUUCUCUUCAUUUUGUCGCAAAUUAAUUUUAUGUAUAUAUAAUAUAUAUUACAUAUAUAUUAUGUCUGAACAACCCCGGAUGCACAUACACGCAUUUAGAUGUGUUUUAUUACGCGUCGUGUUACCGUGUGUUGUUCUUUGCUCUCAAGUUUUUAAGUAACAUUAUCGCGUACGGAUCGCACAAAUUUACACCAGUUUUCUCCGUUCUGGUUGUGAUCUCUCUCUCUCUCUCUCUUUUUUCUUUUCUUUCGUUUUUUUUCUUUCUUUCUUUCUUUCUUUCUUUUCUUUCUCCGCUUAACGAGACCGACACGACGCACCCAUGGGCGAAGAAAAGCAAUGCACCGAUCACUUGUGUAGCUUGACUUCCUUUUAACACCCCAUCAUCAUCAUCAUCCCCUGUUUAUCCAUUUAAACUUUUUUUUUCCUUUUUUAUCCAACAAAAGUGGUGUCGACGUGAGAUGGUUUUUGCGCACGAGUGUUAUUAUGAGAUUUCCUCGAUGGAAGGCAAGAUAAAAACAGGAGAUUAUACGGAACCGGAGAUAAAACACACUUUGUUAUUAAAUGUUGUAUAAUGUGUUGUUGUUGUUGUUGUUAUUGUUUUGUUUUACUGUAAUUUAAUUUUCUAUGUUUUUUCUUUUCUAUAUAAGUGUGCAUGUGUCUGUGUAUGUAUGUAUAUGUAUGGUAACUCUCUCUCUCUCUCUCUCUCUCUCUCUCUCUGACUCUCUCAAUCUCUCACAAUUUCUCUCUCUCUCUCUCUCUCUCUCUACGUGUUUGUAAUGUGUAUGUGUCGUAUAUGUCGUAUGUGUAUAUGCACGUGCGACUUGUAAACGCGUUACGAAUGCGAAACGAGACGCAACGUGAAAAAGCACAGGGAAAAAAGAAGCUUAUCCAUAGGAACGCAGAGAUCUCGAUCUGGAGCUUUCUAACUAAUCCGCGAUACAAGUAAUGUUCUCUCUUUACUUCUUCAUUUUUUUUUCUUUUUUUUUGUUAUAAUUUCUUUAUUAUUAUUAUUAUUAUUAUUAUUAUUAUUAUUAUAUUAUUAUUAUUAUUAUAUUGUUUUCCUUAUUAACACGAUUCCUCGCAUGACGUAGACAAUUAAUCAAUUUCGAAGGAGACAAGGUGCCAAAAAAUGUAUCAUUAUUUGAGAUCUAUAAGAAGUGCUGCUUGCCAUCUUCCACUGCUAUGUAUAUAUUUUCAUUUUUCUUAUAUAAAUUAUCAUAUAAUCUAUAGUGACGCGCAAGCUAAAGGUGUUACUUAGUAGUACACGAUGUGCCACUACUUAUCGGCGGAUAUCCUCUUUUUUCUUUCUUAUUACUUUUUUUUUCUUUUUUUUUUUUUCUUUUUUUUUUAAGAUAAUCGACACAUACAACUCAGAUUUCUUCGCUGUCUUUUUCUCUAUAUUAUACUCUUUUUCUCUCUCCCUAGAAAAUGAGGUCCAGACCGAAGUCUCCUUAUUAAAAGAUAUAGUUAUGCUAUUCAUACAUAUUUUCGUAGUGGAAUUUACCACACUUGCAGGAUAUUUAUCCCAUAACUCUCUCAGUCACUACAAACUUCGUUAAUUAAAAUAAAAUCGACAGAUGUACACGCGGUAAGUAAAACUGCGAUGCAAUAAUAUAACGCUACAUAGCGUUUCUUCCUUUUUCUAUCCUUCUUUUCUUCCUCUUUCUAUCUCUUUUUCUUCUGGUUCAUUUUUUCCUUUGGGCGCAUUUCUCUCCUUCAUUUUACCAAAAUUUUUCACUAUUCCAACGUGCAUUUUUUUUAAUUUUUUUUUUAAUUUUUUUUUUAAUUUUUUUUUAAUUUUUUUUUUUUUUCUUUUUUUUUAUUGAUGUGACAAUGAAAAUGAAGAUGAGUAGUAGUAAAAGGUAAAAGGCUUAUAGGAGAAGGAAAAUAUAUGUGUGACACAGAUAUAAUAAUAAGAUUUAUAAUUUAAAGAGUUUAAAGAGGAAGAGAUAGAUAGAACGAGUGUGGAAAAACGGAUAGAGAUGAAAAGGAAAUGCACUUCUCUUUCUCUCUUCAUAAGUUUCUUUCUUUUAUAAUUAGAGAACAUAAGCGCACAACUAUGCAUCUUACGUUUAAAUGUAUAUCACUUUUUAAUAUUUUUUUCUUUCUUUCUCGAUUUUUUUUUCUUGUGUUAUUGUUGAACAGAAAUAAAACGACUGUGCGGGUGUAUUUGUGUACAUGUGUGUUAUAUGUAAUAUGCGUAUGUAUUUUUUCUAAUUGUUUUUACCUGUUCAUGUGUGUUUAUGUGUGAGUGCGAGUGUAUUUGUGUGUGUGUGUGUGUGUGUUAUGUAUUUUGUAAGUAUAUAUGCUCGACAGAGAUAAUGAUUUUAGCGGUAUAGCUCUUUAAUUAAACAGUUGAUUUGCCCUGUAUUUUUUACUUAUCGACAACGAGAUGAUUAACGCGUAUCGGGCGUUGACCUUCCGCGCGGAUUUUUUAUAUAUAUAUAUAUAUAUGUAGACUUCACAUCCGGAUACAAGGUUUUGUUUUUCACUUUCUGGUUGGUUCGCAUUUUGUGUUUUACAUAUAUUUUAUACUCUGCAUCUUGAUUUUUUUUUUAUUUUUUUUUUUAUUUUUUUUUUAUUUUUUUUUUUUAUUUAGUACGU